AUGUGCUAUGGCUGCCAGGAGGCCAUGGCGGCACCUGCGGCUGCUAUGUCUGCCCUGCAGUGGCUGUCCAGACCGCUGCCAUGCCCCUUGCCACCGCUGGGUGGUGGCAAUGGCCCAGCUCUCUGUGAAGAGCAGGCUGCGAUGUUGGGGUCCACGGCCCCCGGGGAGAGAGCCAGAGACCCUCUGCGUUCUCAUUUGCAGAGCGUUGGAAUUGUACAGUAUGGAGAAAAUGUGACCCAUGAGUUCAACCUCAAUAAGUAUUCUUCGACGGAAGAUGUACUUGUUGCAGCAAAUAAAAUAAUCCAGAGAGGUGGCCGCCAGACCAUGACAGCCCUUGGAAUAGACACAGCAAGAAAGGAAGCAUUCACUGAAGCCCGGGGUGCCCGAAGAGGAGUUAAAAAGGUCAUGGUUAUUGUGACCGAUGGUGAGUCCCAUGACAACCAUCGACUGAAUAAAGUCAUCCAAGACUGUGAAGAUGAAAAUAUUCAACGAUUUUCCAUAGCUAUUCUUGGCAGCUAUAACCGAGGAAAUUUAAGCGCUGAAAAAUUUGUGGAGGAAAUAAAAUCAAUUGCAAGUGAACCCACUGAAAAGCAUUUCUUCAACGUCUCUGAUGAAUUGGCUCUAGUCACUAUUGUUAAAGCUCUGGGAGAAAGAAUAUUUGCCCUGGAAGCUACAGCUGACCAGUCAGCAGCUUCAUUUGAAAUGGAAAUGUCUCAGACUGGUUUCAGUGCUCAUUAUUCGCAGGAUUGGGUCAUGCUCGGAGCAGUAGGAGCCUAUGAUUGGAAUGGAACAGUUGUCAUGCAGAAAGCUAAUCAAAUUAUAAUCCCCAAAAACACAACUUUUAAGGUUAACUCUACCAAAAAGAAUGAACCUCUUGCUUCUUAUUUAGGUUACACAGUAAAUUCCGCCACUGUUUCUGGAAAUGUGUUCUAUAUUGCUGGACAGCCUCGGUACAAUCACACAGGCCAGGUCAUCGUCUACAAGAUCAAAGAUGAAGACAUCAAAAUUCUCCAGACACUCAGUGGAGAACAGAUCGGUUCCUACUUUGGCAGUAUUUUAACAACAAUUGACAUUGAUAAAGAUUCUAAUACUGACCUUCUUCUAGUCGGGGCUCCCAUGUACAUGGGAACAGAGAAAGAGGAACAAGGAAAAGUGUAUGUGUAUGCUCUGAAUCAGACAAGGUUUGAAUAUCAAAUGAGCCUGGAACCUAUUAAGCAGACUUGCUGCUCAUCUCUGAAGCACAACUCGUGCACAAAAGAAAACAAAAAUGAGCCAUGUGGGGCUCGUUUUGGAACAGCGAUUGCUGCUGUAAAAGACCUCAAUCUUGAUGGAUUUAAUGACAUUGUGAUAGGAGCUCCGUUGGAAGAUGAUCACGCAGGAGCUGUGUACAUUUAUCAUGGAAGUGGCAGGACUAUAAGGAAAGAGUAUGCACAACGUAUUCCAUCAGGUGGUGAUGGUGAGACACUGAAAUUUUUUGGCCAGUCUAUCCAUGGAGAAAUGGAUUUAAAUGGUGAUGGGCUGACUGAUGUGACCAUUGGAGGUCUUGGUGGUGCUGCUCUCUUCUGGUCCAGAGAUGUGGCUGUAGUUAAAGUGACCAUGAAUUUUGAACCCAAUAAAGUGAAUAUUCAAAAGAAAAACUGCCGUGUGGAGGGAAAAGAAACAGUAUGCAUAAAUGCUACAGUGUGUUUUGAUGUGAAAUUAAAGUCUAAAGAAGACACGAUUUACAAAGCUGAUUUACAGUACCGUGUCACUCUAGAUUCACUGAGACAGAUAUCGCGAAGUUUUUUCUCUGGAACUCAAGAGAGAAAGAUUCAAAGAAACAUCACAGUUCGAGAAUCAGAAUGCACUAAGCACUCCUUCUACAUGUUGGACAAGCACGACUUUCAGGACUCUGUGAGAAUAACUUUGGAUUUUAAUCUUACCGAUCCAGAAAAUGGACCAGUUCUUGAUGAUUCUCUACCAAACUCAGUACAUGAAUAUAUUCCCUUUGCCAAAGAUUGUGGAAACAAGGAAAAAUGUAUUUCUGACCUCACCCUGGAUGUGGCCACCACAGAAAAGGGCCUGCUUAUUGUCAGGUCCCAGAAUGAUAAAUUCAAUGUUAGCCUCACAGUCAAAAAUAAAAAGGACAGUGCGUAUAACACCAGGACAAUAGUUCAGUAUUCUCCAAAUCUUAUUUUCUCAGGAAUUGAGGCUAUCCAAAAAGACAGUUGUGAAUCUAAUCAUAAUAUCACGUGUAAAGUUGGAUAUCCUUUCCUGAGAAGAGGAGAAAUGGUAACUUUCAAAAUAUUAUUUCAAUUUAACAUAUCUUAUCUCAUGGAAAAUGUGACCAUUCAUUUAAGUGCAACAAGUGACAGUGAAGAACCUCCUGAAGCCCUUUCUGAUAAUGUCGUAAACAUUUCUAUCCCAGUAAAAUAUGAAGUGGGACUGCAGUUUUCCAGCUCAGCAAGUGAAUACCAUAUUUUAAUUGCGGCCAAUGAGACAGUCCCUGAGUUUAUAAAUUCUACUGAGGACAUUGGAGAUGAAAUUAAUAUCUUCUACUUGAUUAGAAAAAGUGGACAUUUUCCAAUGCCUGAACUUAAGCUGUCAAUUUCAUUCCCCAAUUUGACAUCUGAUGGUUAUACUGUGCUGUACCCAACUGGAUGGUCGUCUUCUGAUAAUGCUAACUGCAGAUCUCACAUUCUUGAAGAUCCUUUUGGUAACAAGUCUGGAAAGAAAAUGAAGAUACCAAAAUCUGAAGAGAUGAAACGAGGCACAAUUCUGGACUGCAGUACUUGUAAAUUUGCUACCAUUACAUGUAAUCUCAUUCCUGCUGACAUGAGCCAAGUGAAUGUUUCACUUAUCUUGUGGAAACCAACUUUUAUAAAAGCACAUUUUUCCAGCUUAAAUCUUACUAUAAGAGGAGAACUUCAGAGUGAAAAUACAUCACUGAUUUUAAGUAGCAGCAAUCAAAAAAGAGAGCUUGCUAUUCAAAUAUCCAAGGAUGGGCCACCAGGCAGUGUGCCAUUAUGGGUCAUCUUGUUGAGUGCGUUUGCUGGAUUAUUACUAUUGAUGCUGCUCAUUUUAGCACUGUGGAAGAUUGGAUUCUUCAAAAGACCACUGAAAAAGAAAAUGGAGAAAUGAAAUAUUUUAUCAGAGAAAAAUAACAAUUGUUCAAUGAUCUAUCCUCAGGUUUGCCUCAAAUAUGUGACAAGAAAUUUAUAAAUAUAAUUAAAGAUAUGGUCACAUAACUCUAUGUAAUCCAUCAGGGAUUAAUCAGUAGGAAAAUGACAAAUCAUGCAUUAUCCAUAAACAAUAACACAAAGAUCUAUUUUAUAAAAUGAUGACAAAUAUUUUAAAUACUCAGUUUUGUUGAGUAUUAAGCUAAGUUACAAAGUGUCUUAAAGACAAAGAAUAACUUGUACAAAUUUGUUUGUAUAUUAAACCACCACUUAAAGUAUUUAAAAAAUACAUAAGAAGAUUUUUAUGACUAUUGAAACAUUUACUUUCAAAGUAGUAUAAAUUAAGCUUUUCCC